GGAUAUUUUGCUGCCCGCCCCUUAUGUGUCAUGUGAGGUAAUGGUGGUUUGUUGUUGUUCUGUCAAAUCCUUUCUCAAACUGCCAAACAUCAAAAUAAAAUGGAAACAAAGGAAGGGCCGCUUUAUGCACCAGCAGGCCCCUCAGCAGAUAUGACACGAAGCCUUGAAGAAGACUCCAUGGUGGACGGGCCUCUGAUUUCUGCCGACGCCCUCCACUCUGCCAUCAGGAGAGAGUUUCAGACCAUACCGACACCCUACCAUGCCGGCCUGCUUUCUUUACUGCACGUCGUGUACGUGGUGUUGUCAGUGUGUUUGGCAGUGCUGUGUGUGAUGAAAGUGGGUCAGGAGGAGGUUUGUGCGAGUGUUUUAGGUAAGGUGCAAGGUGACAGCGUCAUUGUAUUUGGGAAGGCAAUAUUAUGGGUGCUGGUGCUGUUGUUCACUGGGUGCAUGCAGCACCAUCACAGCCGGGCCAGGAGCAGAGGAUACCUGCGUUUCUACAGAGAGAUGCAGGGACUGAAGCACCUGCCAUUCACUGUGCACUCUGCAGGAAAUGUUUUGCUGCUGGUUGUUCUGGCUGCAAGACUCCAGACUCAAGUGGAAAUCUACAUGCUGCUCAUUGUCCUGGGGCUGGAGCUGUUGGUGGCAGUGCCGUGCCUGCUCUAUUACACAGUGAAGGUGAUGCGGUUCAACAGAGAGCGAGCGGCACCAGACGUGAGCCAAGAGGAACAUUCACGCAACUUCAGCGUCACAAGCGUGCCGACUGAGACCGGCUUCAGGGAGUGCUCGAGUCUUGAGGAGGUGGUGGAGAAGCAAGCCGACCUGAUUGAGUACCUGAAACAGCACAACACCUUACUGAGCAAAAGGCUGCUCAACCUCACCGCUCAGCACUGACCACAGUCCAACCUCCUCCUGGGCCUCCUCUUCCUCCAAAACUGUGAGGAAAGGAAGGGGAUCUGUGGAUUUUGAAAGAGCGGACUCAAGCUUGGAAGAAACAGUUGAUAAAAACACUAUUAAGUAAGACAAUCCCCGCGCGCGAGCACCUGUGCGCACAGGCUUGAAGACGGAGAUGGGGAGAUUGCGCAGGAGGAGGUGAGCUGUAAGUGUAGGGCAGUUAAAAAAGGGGAGGUGUGGGAGGAGGAGGAGGGGAGUCAUGGGUCACAGAUCAGAGGUGAGGGGUUUUAUCACUGUGUUACGACCCUCAGUGACCCACGUUUGCUGCCGGUUGUGUUACUGUGAGAGAAACAGAAGGGGCAAAAUAGUUUUAGAGAUCAUUUGCACUAAAGUGGGGAACUGAAAGAGGAGGAGUUGGAGGAGGGAGCGAGUAAAAUGUCUGAAAGUGCUUUUUUAUUUGUCUGAUUGUGUAAAUGUUUCAAUUGGUUGUAGUUUUUUUUUUUUCUAUCUUGUUCAGUAAUGUAGGCUGUGUGUAUUUGGUCUGAUUCCAAUAAAUCUAUAAUAAUCUCAA